GUGGUACUCAUAAUUUUUUGAGGAAACAUCUCCAUCGUGAAAUUAGUGCGAUAUCUCUUUACGCGGCUAUUUCAAGACCAAACCUUUCUAUCUUGGAGAGUGAAAGUAACACUCACAGAAGCAGCAGCAAUGGCGGAGAAGUCGAGCUUCUUCGUUCAUUUCUCUUUUCUUCUGCUUCUUCUACUAACAUGUGCCCAUGGAGUGAGGAGGACAUUAAUGGACGGAGGAGGCCAAGAUCUUUCGACGCCACCGCUUAAACUGACGUUUGCUGGUCCCUCUCGGAACUGGACCGACGCCAUUCCCAUCGGUAAUGGUCGUCUCGGAGCCACGAUCUGGGGCGGCGUCUCCUCAGAGACUCUCAACAUCAAUGAGGAUACAAUUUGGACUGGGGUACCAGCAGACUACACGAACCCGAAUGCUCCAGAAGCAUUAGCAGAAGUUAGGAGGCUAGUUGAUGACAGAAACUAUGCUGAAGCUACUACAGAAGCUGUCAAAUUGUCAGGCCAUGCUUCUGAUGUUUACCAGCUAGUGGGAGAUUUGAAUUUAGAGUUUGACAGUUCACAUCGUAAGUACACUCAAGACUCCUAUCGCCGUGAACUCGACUUGGAAACAGCAGUAGCCAAAGUAAGUUACUCGGUUGGUGCUGUGGAAUUCUCAAGGGAGUUUUUUGCUUCUAAUCCUGAUCAAGUGAUUGUAGUCAAGAUCUAUGCAAGCAAACCGGGAUCUCUGUCUUUUAAGGCUUCUUUUGACAGUGAGUUGCAUCACCAUUCAGAGACAAACCCCAAGGCGAAUCAGAUUCUGAUGUGGGGAAGUUGUCGCCCCAAGCGUCUUCCUGUGAACAUGAAGAAAAGUAUCAACGCUACGAAUAUAGCUUAUGAUGAUCACAAAGGACUGCAGUUUGCAUCGGUUCUUGAAGUGAGAGUUAGCAAUGGUGGCUCUGUGUCUUCCUUAGGUGGCAAGAAACUAAGUGUUGAGAAAGCGGACUGGGCGGUUCUGCUUCUGACUGCUUCAUCUAACUUUGACGGACCAUUUACGAUGCCUGCUGAUUCUAAGAGAGACCCUGCUAAAGAAUGCGUUAACAGAAUCAGCUCAGUCCAGAAAUACUCAUACUCUGAUCUUUAUGCUCGUCAUUUGAGUGACUAUCAGAAGCUUUUCAACCGGGUGUCUUUGCAACUUUCCGGCAGCUCAGCAAAUAAAGCCGUGCAUCAGGCAGCUUCAACUGCUGAAAGGGUGCGAUCAUUUAAAAACGAUCACGACCCUUCAUUGGUGGAGCUUCUGUUCCAAUAUGGUCGAUACUUGCUUAUAUCUUCUUCAAGACCUGGAACUCAGGUGGCUAACUUGCAGGGCAUAUGGAACAGGGACAUUCAGCCACCAUGGGAUGGUGCUCCUCACCUGAACAUUAAUCUCCAGAUGAACUAUUGGCAUUCUCUUCCUGCUAAUAUUCAUGAAUGCCAGGAACCAUUGUUCGAUUAUAUGUCUGCUUUAGCAGUAAAUGGCCGCAAGACAGCACAAGUGAACUACGGAGCAAGUGGUUGGGUGGCACAUCAAGUAUCAGACAUAUGGGCAAAAACUUCACCAGAUAGAGGUGAGGCAGUGUGGGCCCUCUGGCCCAUGGGUGGAGCGUGGCUCUGCACUCAUGCAUGGGAACAUUAUACAUACACAAUGGAUAAGGAAUUUCUUAACAAGAAGGCAUACCCAUUGUUGGAAGGAUGUACAUCGUUUCUUUUGGACUGGCUGAUCAAAGGUAAAGACGGAUUUCUCCAGACGAAUCCAUCGACUUCCCCUGAACAUAUGUUUACUGCUCCAAAUGGCAAACCUGCUAGUGUUAGCUACUCAUCAACCAUGGACAUUGCCAUUGUAAAAGAAGUCUUCUCUAAUAUUGUUUCCGCUUCAGAGGUUUUGGGAAAAACUAAUGAUACUCUUAUUGGAAAAGUCAUUGCUGCUCAAGCAAAACUUCCACCCACUAGAAUAUCAAAGGAUGGUUCCAUUAUGGAAUGGGUAGAAGACUUUGAGGACCCAGAGGUACAUCAUAGACAUGUUUCACAUCUCUUUGGCCUCUUCCCAGGUCAUACAAUCACAGUUGAGAAGUCUCCAGAACUUGCUAAAGCCGUGGAAGCAACCCUUAAAAAGAGAGGAGAGGAAGGACCAGGUUGGUCAACCACCUGGAAAGCCGCCUUGUGGGCAAGGCUUCACAAUAGCGAGCUUGCAUAUCGGAUGGUUACACAUAUUUUUGAUCUUGUGGAUCCUUUGAACGAACGUAAUUAUGAAGGAGGAUUGUAUAGUAACAUGUUCACUGCACACCCGCCAUUCCAGAUUGAUGCCAAUUUUGGAUUCGCAGCAGCAGUAGCGGAAAUGUUAGUGCAGAGCACGACAAAGGAUCUGCAUUUGCUCCCGGCGCUUCCAGUAGAUAAAUGGCCAAACGGUAAUGUGAAAGGGCUAAGGGCAAGGGGCAGUGUGACGGUUAGUAUAAAGUGGACGGAAGGGAACCUUGUGGAGUUUGGCCUUUGGUCAGAACAGAUUGUGUCCACCAGAAUAGUGUACAAAGGGAUCUCUGCAGAUACCAAAUUGUUGCCAGGGAAAAUCUUUACUUUUGACAAAGAUUUGAAAUGUGUUCGGACCGAGAAUUUAUAAAGAAGUGAGAGACAAAAUCUUGAUUUUCAAAUCUGUUUUUGUUCAUUUAACAGAGAAAGUCCAUUGUUUGUCAUCGUUCCACGAGUUAUAUGUGCAAGUGUAAGUGUGUAAAACAAAUGUAUCCAAAAGGUUUACAGUGAAUUCCUUAUUUUCCA